UCUCUGCACUGGAAACCUUUGCACCAAAGAGAGUUAUGACUAUCUCAAGACUGGCUGGUGACUUCCAUAUCCUGAGCGGAGACUUCGAUGAGAACCUGAAUUACCCGGAACAGAAAUUUGUGACUGUGGGACAGCCCAAAAUCUGUUUGAUCCAGGGACAUCAGGUCAUUUGGUGGGGAGACUUGGCCAGCCUGGCCCUGCUGCAGAGGCAGUUCGAUGUGGACAUUCUUAUCUCAGGACACACUCACAAAUGUGAAGCAUUUGAGCAUGAAAAUAAAUUCUACAUUAACCCAGGUUCUGCCACUGAGGCAUAUAAUGCCUUGGACACAUAUAUUAUUCCAUCGUUUGUGUUGAUGGACAUCCAGGCUUCCACAGUGGUCACAUACAUCCAUCAGCUAAUUGGAGAUGAUGUGAAAGUAGAAAGAAUUGAAUACAAAAAGUCUUAAAGCCAGUCUGUCUUGAUUUUUUUCAUUACUCUGUUCAAAUCAAGCAAUUAAACAUUUAAGAAUCAC